GGAGAGAGGAGAAAGGAGCACGGCGGAAGGCGUGAAGACCACGCACAGAGGGCACCGGUUGGUAGUGGUUACUGGUUAUGGCGGGGACUAUGCAUGCGAAAUCGGACUCUGAGGUGACGAGCCUGGACGCCUCGUCGCCUCCGCGCUCGCCUCGCCGUCCGCUCUACUACGUGCAGAGCCCGUCGCAGCACGAUGUCGAGAAGAUGUCAUACUACGGCUCAAGCCCCUUCGCCUCUCCGCCCCACCCCUACCACUGCUCCCCCAUUCACCAUUCCCGCGAGUCCUCCACCUCCCGCCUUUCUGCCUCCCUCAAGAACCCCGCCGCCUGGAAGAGGCUCCACCGCCGCCACCCCCGCGCCGGCGAUGACGACAGCGAUGACGACGACAACGACUCCCGGGGCUCCGGCGGCCACGCCAUGCGGUUCUACGCGGCCUGCUUCGUCCUCGCGUUCGUGGUUCUGUUCACCAUCUUCUCUUUGAUUCUGUGGGCUGCCAGUGCUCCUUACAAACCGAAAAUCUUCGUCACGAGCAUGGUGUUCCACAGCUUCAACCUUCAGGCGGGCAUUGAUCAGACGGGGGUUCCGACCGACAUGCUGAGCCUGAAUUCGACGGUCAGGAUCUUCUACAGGAACCCCGCAACUUUCUUCGGCGUGCACGUAACGUCUACUCCAUUUGAGCUUUUCUAUUACCAGCUCAGGCUGGCUUCUGGACAAAUGAAGAAGUUCUAUGUGACAAGGAAGAGCGGGCACGCAGUUGUCACUGUGGUUUCCGGGAGUCAGGUGCCAUUAUAUGGGGGAGUUCCGCUUCUUAGUGCAGCUAGAGAUCACCUCAAGAGCAUAUCAGUGCCACUUAAUCUGACUCUUGAAAUCAGGUCAAGAGCCUACGUCUUGGGAAAGCUAGUUAAGCCCAAGUUUUACAGGCGAAUCAUGUGUGGAGUCACUCUAAAGGGAAACCAUCUGGGCAAGCAUCUCCAUCUGACUGACUCUUGUGUCUACAGUUAAUGAUAAGUAUAUUAUAUGUCCUUUUAAUAAAGUGGAAGUUAUGAGAUACCAUCAAAUUCAUUUACUCUCCUUUCUAUUAUGGAGUACAUACAUAUAUAGUGUUUGAUGGUUACAAAUAUCCGACUUCCAUUAAAGUAGUGAGAUGCCUAUUUGUUGGUUA